AUGGGAGUAGGCGUGGGAGGAGACAGACCACCACCACAAUCACCGCCACUCUCCCAACCAACGCAACCACCGGUUUCUUCUUCCUCCUCUUCUUCUUCGCUCUCGGAUUUAUACUCCGUCGCUCGACGAAUAUCGUUCGAAUUACAGGAAGGAUUAAUUCGUUUGGAACGUUUGGAAGGCAAAGGGCACGGAGGAAACGCGACUUUACAAGAAGCUCGAGAGCAGAGGAACAAGCUGCAAGAGAUGACUCGAAUCUCCCAACAGAUGGAAUCGCAGUUUCGAGUGUUAAUCGUGAAGGAGAAUCCAUCGAAAAGAGACACGUGGAAAAGGAAAGUGAGUCAAAUUUCCGAGGAGUGCGACCAGUUUCGAGUAGCGUUGGACCGGUUCGGUUCGCGAGAAUCGAGGAGAAUGCAAGAGGAACAAGAGAGAGAGGAGUUGAUGCGAAGAAUAAGCGGUGGAGGGAACAUGAAUAACGGAGGUGGCGACGUGACGUUGAAUAUGGGUUCGAGUUACGAUGCCGAAGCUUCCGCGGGAAUGUCUAUGCGCCGAAGCGGUCAGAUGGUGGACGACUUGUUAGACUCGGGGGCGAACAUUUUAGGAAGUUUGCACGAACAAAAGGAUAGAUUAAAAUCCGCGCGAAGAAAAGUGUUGAGCGUGUUAGAUACUUUAGGCGUUUCUCAAUCUGUGUUGAAAGUUAUCGAUAGACGGCAACGGAUGGAUGCAAUCAUCGUUUACGGAGGAAUGUUCUUCAUCACCUUCUUCAUAUUCGUGUUUUGGUGGUUCACGCGGAGAUAG